GCUCCUUCUGCUAAUAAAAGCCGCUCACUAGGCGCCGUCAGAUAUAUUAUAAUACAAACAGUCGCAAAGUAAGAGCACAGGAGCACGUGAGCUCCAGUCUACAAGACAUAUAUUCAAAUUUUAACUCUUCCGGUAUUUCAUGUGUGAUUGGUCUUGGAUAACAGUGCAGCCACAGUGAAGUGAGAAAAAAAGUUUUUAAUAUUUUUCAUCGCAAGGUGCCCAAAACCAUGAGGUCGAUUGAAAUUAUUCUAGUGGCUGGAUGUGUAAUUACUCUUGCUAAUUCACUUCCAAUCUCUGAAAGAGAUCUUACUCAAACUCAGCCAGUAGGUGAUUUAGUUCUUAUUAACGAAAAUGAAGAUCCAACGUUGCUAAGAAGUAAAAGAGCAAUCAAUUUUCUAAAACGGUUAUUCCCACAAAUACCGCAGAAUAUCGAUCAAGAAGUGAAAAAUGAAGUUCAAGAGGAAGAUGCAAUUGAAAUAAGUCCAUCAGAAAAUAAUGAAGUAAAAGUACCAUAUCAAGAUGCAGAUGAAGCAGCUAAUGAAGCUGUUCAGUCAGAAUUGACACCUCUAGAGAAUAUUGAAGUCGGUGAUGAUGAAAACAGAAAUAAAAGAUCAGGCAGUGAAAAUAGCGGUGGUUCUGGAAAUUUCCUCUUCGACAUUAUCAGAUUAAUUACUAGUAGCGGAUCAUCAUCAGGUGGUGAUAAUAGCCACUGCUCGAACUGUGAUGGAGCUGGAGCAAAACAUGAGCCAGAUGAAGCUGUUCCUGGACCUGCAACCAGAUUUUUAGUUAUUGCAAAUCGAGGACUUUCAAAUCUUAUACAGGAUCUAAUUCUCCGUAUUGCAGCAACCAGCGAGCGCUUCGUAAACUUCAAGGCACGACUGAUUACAUCCAUUAUUUAAAUUAACAGUACUGUCCAAUUUAAAUUUAUGGAUGGUAUGUAGAUAAUCAUUAGAGAACUCCAAUAAUAUUUAUAAUAAAGAAAAAAUAAUUCAAAUCGCAAGAAUGACGUUUGACGACCCAUUUUCGUCGUCCCUUGUUCCUGCGAUUUUGAAAAUGCCCUUUGCUCAUUCAAUAAUCAUUAAAAUAUUAUUACAAUCAAUCAAGUACUUUUAAAAAAUAGACUUAUAAUUAAGCAUAACAGGAUUUCAUUGCAAGCACUGCCAUACAAAUUCAUUGGUGCAUGGAGAUUUGAGAAUGUAAAACUAGUUUAUUAUUUGUAUUGCUCUACAAUUAAUAGUUUAAUUGCUCAUUAAUUAAUUCAUAAUAUGAUAAUAUAAUCAAAUCAACGACAUUAUUUUUUACUCUUUACAGUGAAUGAUAUAAUGAAUUUUUUCUUUGUCUUUUGGCGUUAAUUUAUGCCAAAUGACAGAUGAAAAAUUGUGAAUGUAAAUUUGUCAUUUAUGAUUAUUGUUAUUGUAAAUAAAU